GCAGGAACAACUCAGUUCCAUUUUUCUGGAGAAGAAGUGAGAAAUAAUUCAAGAAAAUGACUCUGAUUAUUUAUUUUUUAAUGUUUAUCAUUGAAUCUGCCACUCAGAAGCUGUGUCCCCUUCGUUCCUCCAUAGAUGUGCUGGAAGGGGAAUAUUUUUUCCUUUGUUAUCUCGAGUCAAUGCAAGAACAUUCUCAGGAAGAAGCAUACACAAUAAACUGGUACAAAGAAAAUGCUGGAAAACAGCAACUGAUAAAGGAGACAGACAGGAUCUUUUCCCAAAUGAAUUUUCUGGAGUUUUGGCCAGCUGAACUCAGUGACUCUGGGAGUUACUCUGUCACUCACAGCAAUGGAAUACAAAAUGUCACAAUUCAAAAGUGGACCUUGAAUGUACUUGAAAGAAAUAGAAGCAGCUGUUUCAAUGAAAAUCAUUUAACUACAGAAAUUAAAAAUGCUGGAACCGGUUAUUCACUGAAAUGCAGUGAUUUGUCUGUCAAUGAAAAUGACAGCGUAACAUGGUACAAGGACUGUAAGAGUUAUGAAAAUGAAACAGAGCGGGAACUAGAUUUUAAAACCUUAACAGUACAGCACUCUGGGAUCUAUACCUGUAAAAUUCUAAUCAGUCGUGAAGGAAAGACAUACCACAGCACAAAUACAAUUAAGCUGGUAGUAGAAGAAGAUGCACCAGAGGCUGUAACUUUGGAGAUAGUUGGACGUGAUGAAGAAAUUGAAACAGAAAUAGGUAAAGACGAGAUACUCAAUUGCACAAGUUUCUUGGGUUAUUAUAUGAGAGAAGAUGCCUACCUCUACUGGAUAAUUAAUCAAAUGUUUCCAGAAAAAUGCACAGGUGUCCCUGAGAAUGAACCUUCAAUAUGUGAAGAAGAGUUAAAAAAAAUACAGUUGGAAAACAAGUUCUAUGUCACAAGGCUACUAAGGAUUAAAAAAGUAACAGAUGACGACAUGCAUCAGAAUUUCACCUGCAUGUUGCAAGCUGAUGAAAGAACACAAAUAAAAAUAGUGAAACUGAAGAAAGGGAACACCCAAGAUCUGCCUGUGCACAUAUUUACAACUGGAAUGGUCCUGGCUGUACUAUUUCCAUGUGUUGCUGUGGCUGCACUGUUUGUCUGUGUGAUGUUUAGAGUUGACUUAGUUCUAUUUUACAGGAACAUAUGCAGAAAAGAUGAUACUGCUGAAGAUGGAAAAGAAUAUGAUGCAUUUGUGUCUUACCUGAAAGACUGCAUUUCUCCUACUGAAGAAGAGAGAGAAUUUGCCUUGAAGAUAUUGCCCUCGAUAUUAGAAGAAAACUUUGGGUACAAGUUAUGUAUAUUUGAGAGGGAUGUGUCCCCUGGCGGUGCAGUUGUUGAUGAUAUCCAUUCAUUCAUUGACAAAAGCCGAAGAUUAAUCAUUAUACUGAGCCAAAACUACAUUUCUGACAGAGCCAUAUAUGAACUUGAGAGUGGACUGCAUAAAGUCCUCGUUGAAAAAAAAACUAAGAUCAUAUUAAUUGAAUAUAUGCCUAUUAGUGACUACAAUUUCUUGCCAGAAUCACUGUCUCUUUUGACACCAAAGAAGGUUGUAAAGUGGAAAAAGGAUAAAUCUCUCCCUGUGAAUUCCAGAUUUUGGAAGAACCUUCGGUACCUGAUGCCAGCAAAGCCUAAUAAGAUAAAGACCAAAGGGCACUAUCAUAAUCUUGAGCCCUCAGAAGGGGCUCAACCACGGACUGAGGGCAGUGACUUCAAUGCCAUGAUAUAACAACUCUGGAGACAGAAGAUGCUGUAGAAAGCUGCAUUUUUGCUAACUACUAGAAAACACAAACUGCACACUUCUUUGGGAAGACAGAGUUCAUGAGAGGCCAAGUCUUGGAUCUGAGCAGGAUGGUUAAAUUGUUACUGUGGCUAGGAUGACGUUAACCCUAAUGCUGAAUCCCAGAGAGUGUUUCCUCAGCGAUCUGCACAAGGACCAGAAAUUUGUUUCUGCUUAGGACUUACCACAUGGCACGAAGCACAAUGCAAAACCUUUUAAUCUCACAUUUCCCUGUAAUGUAGAACAUGCAUACUUUUUGAAGCCUCUCCAUAAAUAUAUCAGGAUUUGCAAAGUAUUGUUAGUUAGAUGCUCUUGGGUUUGUAUUUUGGUAUUUCCUAAGGAUCCUGCCUGGGAGUAGACCCAAAUAGCUCCUGCCCUAGAGAGCUUGGCAUGCAGCCUUUGGGCAAUGUCAAGCAGAAAAAUAAAGCGGAAACAGAGAAAAGGGAAGUUGGAGAGAGCAGAGCAGAUUUGGACUAAAUGUAUUCAUUACUGACUUGUACAUGGUCUAGACAAGCUGAGUGGGAGUGAUUUGGAGGAAUGCUGAAGACUGUUACCAUCCUCCUAUUUCACUUAGAAUAUAAUAAAUUAUAAUUUUGGCAGAGAAAG